AUGCUGCUAAUUUCAUUGACCUUAAUCACCUGGAUUGGAACAUCAGCUGAUCAGAGCCCUGGCCCUGAGUUUGCUGAUGUUGUAUUCCUGGUGGAUAGUUCUGAUCACCUGGGGAGUAAAUCCUUCCUCUCUGUGAAAACCUUCAUAACCAAGAUAAUCAACAGUCUGCCCAUCGGAGCCAACAAGUUCCGGAUUGCCCUUGCCCAGUACAGUGAUGAUCUAUACCAGGAAUUCCUGCCGAGCACCUUCAUGACCAAGAGUGCCAUGGUAAACCACCUCAAGAAGAACUUUGAUUACAUUGGUGGAUCCCUGCGAAUAGGCAAUGCUCUCGAGAGAAUCCACAAGACCUACUUCUCAGGGCCAGCUAAUGGAAGAGACAAGAAACUGUUUCCCCAAAUUUUAGUUGUCUUGGCUUCAGCCAAAUCUGAGGAUGACGUGGUAGGACCUGCAGAAGCUUUGCGAAGAGAUGGGGUGAGAAUCAUUGCUUUGGGGACACAGGAUGCUUCCGAAGAAGACCUAAAAGCCAUGGCCACUUCUCAGUAUCACUAUAAUCUCAGGACAGUCAGAAAUGUGGAUGUGUUUUCAGAAAACAUGACUAGGAUCAUUAAGGAGACAAUAAAACACAAGGAAAAAAUAGAAGAUGUUGAUGAAAUGGUAUGUGAAAGAGAUUCCAUGGCUGACAUUGUCUUCCUCUUGGAUGAAUCCCUGGGGGUCAGAAGAAACUUAGAAAAUCUUCAGAGGUUCCUGGAGAACAUCACAGCCUCCAUGGAUGUGAGGGCGGGUUGUACCAGAAUAGGCAUAGUGAAAUUCAGCAACAGGGCGGAGGUGGUGAUGUCUCUGGAAGCCAACACGAGCCACGCCGAGGUUGUACAGGCCAUAGGGAGCCUCUCUCUGAGGGAUGGGAAGGCUUACGUUGGGGAAGCCUUGAAGAAGGCCAGAGAAGAAGUCUUUAGCCACAGCAGGAAGGCCCAGGGUGUGCGGCAGAUAGCCGUCCUGCUCACCCAUAGAUCAUCAGAAGAUGAGGUGGGCGAAGAGGCCGAGAACCUGCUGCUGCAGGAUGUCUCCAUCUUUGCCAUAGGCAUGGAAGGCUCUAAUGUCACCCAGUUGGAAGAGAUAACGUCUUACCCUCCAGACCAUUAUAUUUCCAGCCAGAAGAGCUAUGCAGACCUGGAACCUUAUAGUGUGACUUUUCUAAAAAAACUUCAGUAUGAAAUACAAUACAGGAUGUCUAUCCAACAUGAACAGACUGAACGAUACAGGACGGGCUGCAUUGAAACAGAAAAGGCCGAUAUCUAUUUUCUCAUUGAUGGCUCAGGAAGCAUUAAAAAUUACUUUCGAGAGAUCAAGAAUUUUAUGAUAGAGGUGACACGAAUGUUUAUUGUUGCCCCAGAGAAGGUCCGGUUCGGAGCAGUGCAGUAUUCAACCAAAAGUCAAGAGGAGUUCAGCAUUGGCGCGUACUCUAACAAGGUGGACUUAGGCAAAGCCAUUCUCAAUAUCCGACAGAUGGGACACAAAACUAAGACAGGAGCAGCCCUGGAUUUCAUGCUCCAAGUGAUACAGGGCUCAAAGAAGCAGCAGCCCAGCAACACCCCCUGUCAUGUCCUUGUCUUGACAGAUGGGAAGUCUGAUGAUAAAGUAACAGAACCAGCCCAGAGGUUAAGAGAGGAAGACGUCAUCAUUCAUGCAAUUGGCGUCAAAGGAGCUAAUAAAAAUGAGCUGGAAGACAUAGCAGGGUCAAAGGACAGAGUGAAAUUUGUAUAUAAUUUUGAAUCUUUAAAAAGCAUAAAAGAUGAAGUUGUUCGGAGCAUCUGCCAUGAAAGAGAUUGUAAAGACAAAAAAGCAGAUAUCAUGUUUCUGGUGGACAGUUCUGGAAGCAUAGGACCUGCUACCUUCGGUAAAAUAAAAGCAUUUAUGAAAAAUCUGGUGGAGAAGUCUCAUGUUGGCGUUAACCAAGGACAUGUUGGUGUCAUUCAGUUCAGCAAUGUUACCAAGAGAGAAUUUGGGCUCACUGAAUAUAUGACCAAAAGUGACAUUUUUGAUGCGAUUAACAGGAUGAAGCCUAUUGGAAGUAAAACCUAUACAGGAAAAGCACUGAAAUUUGCAUCUGAUCACUUUGAGCCCUCUAAGGGAGGACGUUCUGGUGUCAAGAAGUUUCUCAUCCUCAUCACUGAUGGGAAGGCGCAUGACCAAGUUAAAGAACCAGCUUUGGAACUUCGGAAUAAAGGAGUCAUUAUCCUCUUGGUUGCAAUUUUCCAGUCAAAAUCACCACAGCUAGAGGAUAUCACUGGGGAUGCAAACUUGGUUUAUUAUGUUGAGAAAUUUGAUAACCAAAACCUACUUGAAGAUAAGCUGGUUUUUGAUGUAUGCACUCUCCAUGAAUGUAAACAGAUCCAAGUGCUAGACAUUGUGUUUGUGCUGGAUGAUUCCUCGAGCAUAGCACCUCAUCAACAUCAGAGCAUGAUAAACUUCACGAUGCACUUAGUGAACAAAGCAGACGUUGGCAGAGACCGUGUUCAGUUUGGAGCCCUCAGGUACUCAGAUGAACCCAAAAUCCUCUUCUACCUUGAUACCUACCAGACCAAGGAAGGCAUCAUUGAGGGCCUUAAUUACUUGCCUGGAACAGGAAACACUUAUACAGCCAAGGCUCUGAAGAGAUCCCAUGAGCUAUUUACUGAGGAGCGUGGCAGUCGAAUCAAGAGGGGUGUAAAGCAAAUGCUGGUUGUGAUUACUGAUGGGGAAUCUCAUGAUAAUAGAGAUCUCGAGGCCACAGCCAAGACAUUAAGAGAUAAGAACAUCAUUAUCUACGGAGUGGGUGUAGCUCAAGCUUCUGAGAAAGAACUCUUGGACAUCACGGGCUCGAAAGACAAUUAUUUCAUGGUAGACAAUUUUGAGAAACUGGAAGAAAUUUACCUCCCCAUUGAGAAAAAAGCUUGUGACAACGCACUUGAUGCUUGUGACACGAAAAAAGCAGAUGUGUUUUUCCUCUGUGAUGGCUCCGAUUUAGUAACUGAGCAGGAGUUCGGCAAAAUGGUUUAUUUUUUGGCAGACAUCAUUGAUAACCUCGAUGUUUCACCCCAAAAUACGCAUGUUGGAAUGUCCCAGUUAGGGACCCUUCACCAGGAAAUAAUCCAACUGAAUGAAACCUUGGACAAAAAUGAGCGGAAAGCUAAAAUUUUGGCCGCUUUAAAGCGCAAGGGAAGUCCUCGGCUCGAAGAUGCACUUCGACACGUGAAGGACACAUUUGUUUCUGGGAGCAGGAUCAUGGCCGGGGUCCCUCAGGUACUGUUUGUCAUCCUAUCUGGGCGGCCACGGGGAAGCAUGACCUUGGUGACUGAGGCUGUGGCCAAACUGCGAGAGCUUGGUGUGUGUAUCCUAGCCUUGGGAAUUGGGAAUGUUCGAAAUGAUGAGUUUCUCCAUAUCACCCACAACCCUGAGAAGAUCAUCACAGUGUCUGACUUUGAUAACUUGAAGAAAGUAGAUGUGAAAAAAAGGGUUGUCCGGGAAAUCUGUCGUGACUGUCAGCAAAAGAGUUGCUUUGUGGAUACCGUUGUGGGCUUUGACAUCUCCACCCAUCGGAGAGGGCAGACCCUGUUCGAGGGUCAACCACAUCUUGAAUCUUACCUUCCAGGCCUCCUAGAGUCUAUCAAUUCCCUAAGAAGUGUGAGCUGUGGAAAAAAGACCCAAGUUAGUGUGGCAUUUAAGGUGAACACUGAAACCAGUUUUGAACCUAGGUUCCAGAUUUAUGAAAAAACAAUGAUGAAAACCCUGAGACAGGUCACAGUCAGUGGGCCAUCUCACCUUCAAGUGGCUGAUCUGGAGUCAUUUUGGAGUGCAUUUAAUCACUCUGAAAAUCAUGGAAAGGUGAUGAUCAUUUUUUCCGAUGGUCUCCAGCAUGGGAAUGAUAAUCUCUGGAGACUUGAAAAGAAAUCAGAUGAGCUCAGAGAACAAGGACUGAUGGGUUUGUUCAUUGUGGCCCUGAACACCACCUCUCAUCAUGAUGACUUUUCAACCAUUGAAUUUGGAAAAGGAUUCGAAUACAGGACACAUUUAAGCAUUGGAAUGAGAGACCUGAGCAGCAUGCUGACAAAGUACCUGGACAAUAUUGCAGAACGACACUGUUGCUGUGCCUUUUGCAAGUGUUCAGGGGCUCCAGGGGCACCGGGAUUACCAGGAUCGAGAGGCUCCAAGGGAUCUUGGGGAAUGAAGGGCAGCCGAGGCCACAGAGGAGAAGAGGGAGAGCCUGGGACAAGAGGAAACACUGGGCCAGAAGGAGAAAGAGGUGCUCAGGGAUGCCAGGGGGAAAGGGGCCUUAAGGGAGACAGAGGAAUGAGUGGAUUUAAGGGAGAAGAAGGAGAUUAUGGGAUCGAUGGGAUAAAUGGAGAAGAGGGCUUCCAUGGAACUCCUGGGAAGAAGGGAGAGAAAGGGGAUCCAGGAUCCCAGGGAAGUAUGGGUACCAGAGGUGCCCCUGGUGUCCGUGGUGCAAAGGGAUUUCCAGGUGAUCCUGGUGACCCUGGAAAUGACAAUUCCUUCAGAGGGCCCAAGGGAUCCAAAGGAGAGCAAGGAAGACAAGGCCUCAGAGGACAGAAAGGCACAGACGGCAGGCCUAAUUCAAGAGGAAGCAUGGGACCAACCGGCCGAAGAGGGACCCAAGGACCCAAGGGCCCAGGUGGAAAUGUUGGCCCCAAAGGAGGAGAUGGACCUGAAGGAUUAAGAGGAAUGGAGGGACAAAGUGGAAACAGUGGACAGAAGGGAGAAAAAGGAAGUCCUGGAAAUAAAGGGCCUCAGGGGCCUUUUGGGUCGGCAGGGGCUAAAGGGAGUCCUGGAAAACCUGGAACCUUGGGAAGGAAGGGGGAACCUGGAGUUCUGGGAGAUAAAGGAAUGGUGGGGCCAACCGGAUCACGUGGAAUGCAGGGAGACUUGGGCAUUCCAGGUUAUGGCCGCCAGGGAAGGAAAGGAGUGAAGGGCCCAAGAGGACACCCAGGAGACGCAGGGAACCAGGGUGAUGUUGGUGACCCAGGAAUUCCAGGGGAACCUGGACCUAAAGGAUUCAGAGGACUCACAUUUGGCCCAGGUCCAAAGGGUGAAAUCGGUUUUCCUGGCUCUCCCGGACCUGCAGGACCAAGGGGUCCUAAAGGUAUGAAGGGACAGCCUAUAAGUUCGCAAUGUGAGCUUAUUCAUUUCCUGAGGGACCAUAGCCCCUGUUGGGAAGGCAAGUGCCCUGUCUACCCAACAGAACUAGUGUUUGCACUGGAUGUGUCGAGACAGAGAUUUGACGUGGUGAAGAACAUGACCAUUUCCAUCGUGAAGGACCUUAAAAUCAGGGAAAACAACUGCCCCAUGGGAGCAAAGGUUGCUGUCCUUUCCUACAGUUCUGAAAGCAGGUAUCUCGUCCGCUGGUCAGACUAUUCCAGUAAGAGGCAGCUCCUUCAGAAGCUUUCCAGCAUGACAUAUGAACGACCUACCUACUCUAGAGAUCUUGGUGAAGCCAUGGUAUACGUGGCCAGGAAUGUUUUCAAGAGAACCUUACCAGGUCCGAACGUCAGGAGGCUCACCGUGUUUUUUAGUGACAGUCAAUCUCCAGAUAUGUCACCGAUCAUCACGGCCACCAUGGAGUUCAGUGGCCUCAACAUCAUUCCAGCUGUGUUUGCUUUUAAUGAAAUGUUCGCUCUUGAGGAGGCCUUCCAGUUUGAUGACACUGGCACCCAUCAGGUCAUUCCAGUUCUGCCCUCUCAAUUUUCUGAGCCAAUAGAAAGACUUCGUCAAUGUACACUUUGCUAUGAUAAAUGCUUUCCAAAUGUUUGUGCAGACAAGCAAGCUGAUCGAAUACAUUCAUACAUGGAUGCUCUCUUCCUUCUGGAUAGUUCCCGGCAUGUGACAGGAGAUGAGUUUGAGCAAAUGAAAUCGUUCCUGAGCUCAGUGCUUGAGAACUUUGACAUUUCUACAGACCCUUUUCAAUCUCAUGUAGGUGAUCGGUUGGCUUUACUAAGCUAUUCACCAGGGGAUUUCUCCAGGAGAAGGAUAGGUACCCCUGUGAAGGAAGAGUUUGUCUUUACUACCUAUAACAGCAAAACCCUAAUGAAGAGGUACAUCCAGGAUUCCCUUAAGCAACUUCAUGGAGAAGCCUUUGUUGGUCAUGCCCUGCAAUGGACAAUAGAGAGGGUCUUCUCCAAUAUAGAACAGUCUAGGAGAAACAAGGUCAUUUUUGUUAUAUCUGCUGGAGAGAAUAAUGAAAAAAAGGACACCUUAAGGAAAAUGGCUCUGAGAGCCAAGUGUCAAGGGUAUGCCAUAUUUGUGAUUUCUUUGGGAUCCACACAAGAAGAAGUAGAAGACAUAGCCAGCCUCCCUCUGGAUCAUCACUUGAUUCAACUUGGCAGAAUUCACAAACCCAAUUUGGACUAUGCUGUGCAGUUCAUUAAACCUUUUGUACACUCGGUCAGACGAGGAUUCAAUAAAUACCCCCCUACAGCAAUGGAAAGACAAUGUAGACUCAUCUUGUCAGAACCAUCAUUUUCUCUCAACAGCCAUUACAUGUCUGACAAUUAUGAUUCAUCUUCUGGUGAAAAUGAAUUAUUAAAUGAAGAGGAAAAGAAGCCAGAACAUUACUCAACUUUACUGGAAGACAAUCAAAGUGACAGUGUGGUCUUCUUUCCCAACCAAAUGUUAAUGCCAGACCAACUAAUAAUGAAAUACCCUCAAACAAUGGGGACACAAGAAAAAACAACUCUUACUUCAGAAAGUAUAGUAAACAGUACCCAGGAUUUGGAGUCAGAGGAAGUGGGUAUGAAACCCAACUCUACUUAUAUGACUUUAGAAAAACCACAUCAUAUAGAGGAAAAAUCAAUGGACAUGGAGAUGGUGGAUACAGAUUUGAAGCCUGGCUCUGCCUAUCUGACCCUAGGAGAUGAUAACCUUGAAGGAAAAGAAGAAUCAGGCUCCCAUUUGGAAUCCAGCACUCUAUCUCUGCAAGAUGUUUUUAUGGAUGUAGCCUUUCUCCUUGACUCUUCGAGAAAUGUGGCAAGUUCCCAGUUUCAGGAAAUAAAAGAAUGUAUAGCUUCAGUGCUUGACUACUUUUACAUUGCCCCAGACCCAGUGCUCUCUCGUGUAGGAGACAGAGUAGCCCUCCUGAGCUACUCCCCCCAGGGUUAUAUGCCCAAUGCAGAAGAGUGUCCAGUCCACAUGGAGUUUGAUUUAAUUACUUAUAACAGUGCACAUCAAAUGAAAAGCCACAUGUGGGAAUUUCUCCAACCGCUGAAUGGUGAAUCUUUUAUUGGCCAUGCCCUGAAGUGGACGAUCGAUAAUGUCUUCUCUGAUACACCCAACCUGAGGAAAAACAAAGUUAUCUUUCUUAUAUCUGCUGGGGAGACUAAUUAUUUGGAUCGAAAAGCUUUAAGGGAAGAAGCUCUGAGAGCCAAGUGCCUAGGCUAUGCAAUCUUCGUGUUGUCCUUCGGCCCCAUGCACAAUGACAAAGAGCUAGAAGAGCUAGCCAGCCAGCCCUUGGAUCAUCACUUGGUCCAGCUGGGCAGAAUUCAUAAACCUGACUUCAACUAUAUUGUGAGGUUCAUUAAACCAUUUCUCCAUUCAGUCAGACGAGCAAUCAACCAAUAUCCCCCUGCAGAUUAUGCCCCAAAAUGUGUUAAUGUGACUUCUUCUAGCCCAAAGAAACUUCAGGAAGAGCACACCAUAUUCCUUCUUCCAAAGGGGUAUGAGAUGGAGGCAGAAAAUAGUGACUUUUCUGAUGAAUAUGCUUCUGAAGAGCAACCCCAUCUGGUCAUUUUAGAAGGUAAUCACAGUGUUCAGUCUGGAGAAGUUCUUGAUUUUAUCCACAAGCUACACCAUCUCUUCUCUACUGGGGAUAUCUCAAUGAAUGAUCAGGAAGCAUCAUGUUCAAAAGAAAAUACCACCAUCAUUGAAAAUGAACAAAAAACUAACAAAGACGAUGGAGACAUAAGAUGA